UCACACGUCACUCUUUGGUUCAUCCUUCAAAACCUAAGAACCCAACCCAAAUUCACUCGAAAUAAAUCACCAACCAAAUGCACCACUCUCAUUAGUUAUUACCCUUAUCUCACUCUCUAUCUCUUCCUCUCUCUCUCUCUCUCUCUCUAUCUCUCUGGGGCGGAACACUUUCUCAUUUUCAACAAACAAACUCUCCUUGAGUCACAAAACAAACUUUCAUCGCCACAAUUGCCAACAACUCUCACUCUCUCUUCCUCCGCCGCCACCGUUGCAUGGAAUGACAGACUACCGUUCACCGCCUACAAUGAAUAUCUGGACCGACGAAAACUCCUCCGUCAUGGAAGCCUUCAUGAGCACCUCUGACCUCUCCUCUCUCUGGCUUCCAACACCGCAUUCCGCCGCAUCAACCACCACACCACUCACCGACCCGACCCGAACUCAAACACAGCCUCUCUUCAACCAAGAAACUCUCCAGCACCGUCUUCAAUCAUUAAUAGAAGGCUCGAGAGAGAGCUGGACCUACGCAAUUUUCUGGCAACCCUCUCACGACUAUUCCUCCGGCGCACCACUCCUCGGUUGGGGUGACGGAUAUUACAAAGGCGAAGACGAAAAAGAAAAAGGGAAAAAAGUAAUCAAAACCACGUCGCCUGAAGAACAAGCGCAUCGUAAAAAAGUUCUCCGUGAACUUAAUUCCUUAAUUUCUGGCUCUUCUGGGUCACCUGAUGAUGCUGUUGAGGAAGAUGUGACUGACACUGAGUGGUUCUUUCUCACGUCGAUGACUCAAUCUUUCGUCAACAGCAGCGGCUCUUUAAGCCAAGCUUACUUUAAUUCCACCCCUGUUUGGAUCUCAGGGCCUGACAGGCUUUCCAUUUCUGCCUGUGAGCGGGCCCGUCAGGCCCAAUUCCUUGGGCUUCAGACUUUGGUAUGUAUCCCAACACCGUCUUCAAACGGCGUCGUGGAGCUUGCAUCUACGGAAAUAAUUCCGUACAGCUCCGAUCUGAUGGAAAAAGUCCGUGCUUUGUUUAAUUUCAACAAUCCCGAGGCAGGAUCUUGGCCAUUGAAUUCCGUUACAACUGAUCAAAGCGAGAAUGAUCCUUCCUCUCUUUGGCUCAACGAUCCUUCUGGCUCUGCUGGUAUUGAAAUUAAAGAUUCCGUCAACGCCGUUAAUACAACCGUUUCUGCAAAUGCAGCAAUUGGUAAAAGUUUGCAGUUUGAAACCCAAACACAUGGUUCUUCAAGCACUCUGACGGAAACACCAAACGUUAUUCACGUUCACAACGCUCAGCGUAACCAGAAUCAGAACCAAAGCUUCUUCCCUAAAGAAUUGAAUUUUUCUAGUUCAAUGAAACCAGAAUCCGGCGAGAUUCUGAACUUCGGUGAGAGUAAAAAGAGCUCUUACAGCGCCGUUAAUGGAAACGGAAAUGGAAAUUUCUUUUCUGGUCAGUCACCGUUUGCUGCCGGUGAAGAAAACAGAAAGAGAAGGUCUCCUGUUUCCAGAAGCAGCGUUGACGAUGGAAUACUUUCCUUCACUUCCGGCGUACUUUUACCGGCGUCAAAUAUGAAAUCCAGCGGCGGAAUUGGUACCGGCGGAGAUUCCGAUCAAUCAGAUCUGGAAGUUUCCGUCGUGAAGGAAGCCGACAGCAGCAGAGUAAUCGAACCAGAGAAGCGGCCACGGAAACGAGGACGAAAACCGGCGAACGGAAGAGAAGAGCCGUUGAAUCACGUUGAAGCGGAGAGACAAAGAAGAGAAAAGCUGAAUCAAAGAUUCUACUCUCUUCGCGCUGUAGUUCCCAACGUUUCUAAAAUGGACAAAGCAUCACUUCUCGGCGACGCGAUUUCUUACAUAAACGAAUUAAAAGAAAAGCUUCAAGGGCUUGAAUCAUCGAAAGGCGAAUUGGAAAAACAAUUAGAUACAACAAAAAAGGAACUCGAACUUGCAAGUAAUAAAAAUCCACUACUUCCACUGGACAAAGAAAAAUUGAAAACAAAUUGUAAGUUGAUUGAUUUGGAUAUAGAAGUCAAGGUCAUAGGAUGGGAUGCAAUGAUUAGGGUUCAAUGUAGUAAGAAGAAUCACCCUGCAGCGAAAUUGAUGGUGGCGUUGAAAGAAUUGGAUGUUGAAGUGAAUCAUGCAAGCGUGUCUGUAGUGAAUGAUUUGAUGAUUCAACAAGCUACAGUCAACAUGGGAAAUCAAUUUUACACCAAGGAACAGCUUUUGUCAGUUCUAUCUUCCAAAAUUGGCGAUGCACGAUGAUAAAUUCGAUUCUGGAAUUUUUUUUUUUUGGUUUCGAUGUAGCUGUGUCUGUAAAACAACUAUGUUAUUUUUCUUACUUUAGCUAGUACUAGUACUUUUUGUUAACUUAGUUUAGAUUUUUGAGGUUAUUUUUAUUGGAUAUUAUGUAAUGUUGGAUGGAGUAGAUUUAGGGGACAGCUUUUCUUCAAGUUUAUGGAGGGAAAGUAAGUUAGGGGGUUAAAGUGGAGUAUUUUUAUGUCAAUAUUAUUACCUGUUUGUAUACAUGUCUCUUAAUUAUCAUAAAUGUGAAUGAAUUCCACUUCAUCCAUAUUCUGGGGUGUUAUUAUUUA